CUCUCACAUCUUAAUUUCCUUGUGGCACGCUCUUCUUCCAUUGUAUAGCCUAAUCAACAAGACCCCACACGGAGCCAAAUGUGUUGCUGUUUUACUGAACUCUUGUUUUUAUUUUAGGAUACGUGGUAAAUUAAAGUGGUCGAUUUUAGGAUAGCUCAGUUUACAUGUAAUUUUCGAAAACAUGCUGUUAGUCACACCUCCGACGACACUACGCGUAAGGCUAACGAUCUCUGGGGAUGGUGGUAUACCAGUGUUCUUCUAUGUUGUAAUCGUGCAAUGAAAUACGCUCGUGUUAUUAUAAAUAGGUUGAUAUACCAUGCUAAUGUUUUAGUGAGAUUUUUACAAGUCAUUUAUUGAUUAUGUAUAAGUUCUUGCUAAGAGAACGGGAUACAUAUUUCAUUAAGGUUGCAUCACGACACGGUCUUACUCCGGAUACUUUUGUGUGAUGCUCAGUAGCCUAGCGACGCACCACCAGCAUCUUUGCUGUUCAACACCAGCUGCAGGGAAAAGCUCCGAUGAACCCCUAGAGGGGAGCAAAGUCCCAUCCCUGAGACAUAAGGGAACGCUGUGUGUCGAUCGUUGACCCAGAACAAUUCAGAUCACCUCAUGGAGAUCAACCAACUCUUUUCUAUAACCACUGGUCUCUCUGGAUUUUGUCUUUCUUGAUGCUUUGCCUGAGUAGCCAGAGCACCUGAGAAAUCCCAAAGCCAUGUCUCUCAUUGCUGGUCACGCCAGAUCCAGGCACGCGUGGACACAGAUACUUGUGGCCAUCGCUGUGGUUUUCCUUUGUAUUUCCUCUGCUGUGACGGGGCUGGACAAGGAGACGUGUUACUCCAGACAGCAUCGGGAUGUCAUCGUCGACGUGCGGGUCGCCCUCACAAAAGAAGGCACAACCAUGGAGUCAAGGGUCACUCCGUCAGAGAAGGACUGCAUUCUCUCGUGUUGCUCACAGGAAGUGAGACCAGGUUUAAAGUGCAACCUGGUUGUGUACAAAUCCCAAAAGCCAAAUGAUCCUUCCAGCAAAGAAAACUGCUACCUGUUCCACUGUGACUCUGAACAGGACUGCCCACUCCAGGUCUCCAAAGAUGUCAACACAUAUGAUAUUUUCAGAGGGUUCAUGCUUCCCCCAGCAAAGGUCAACGCAAGAGUAACUGCCAAACCUGCUCCAGCCACUUCAACUACUGCCGCCACCACCACCACCACAACACCCACCACCACCACCACAAGUCCCACCACCACCACCACCACUGCACCAACUACAACUCCCACCACUACAUCAACUACGACCACAACUGCACCCACUACCACAACCACCACAGCUACCACAACGACACCAGCUCCAACCACCACCACAACCACAACACAGCCGACCACUACCACAACAAUUCCAACCACAACCACCACAGAGCCACCCGGAUUUAUUAUCGUGGGAAUGCCGCCUGCACCUGAACCCACCCCAGCAGCAACAACAACAACAACAACAACCACAACAACAACAACCACCACAACAACCACAACCACACAACCAACCACACAACCAACCACUACCACCACAGCCCCACCAGAUCCUCCAGCACCGCAGGCAACCACAACCACCACUACCACCACCACCAAAGCGACCCCGCCACCACAUCCUCCAGCACCUCACAAACCUGUUAGACCCCCACCUAAAAGACCAGUCCAUCCAGGACCGCAUCGGACCGUGCCCCAUCCAGUUAAGCCUGUGCCAGAACCAGCCAGGACACCAACGGAAAAGCCCACAAAGCAACCCACCACCACUUCCACAACUACUACUACAACCGCUGCAACUACAACUGCUCCUACAACAACCACUACUGCUACCACUACUGCUACCACUACAACUACACCUGUCACUGAAAGGACCACUUCUGCCUUUGCGGCAAUGGAUUACGAGUUGAAGGCUGAGAUCCCAGAGGCACUCAGUUCAGUGGGUCCCGCGCACGGUGUGGCAGCGGGGAAGCCGGUGGUGUCGCGGGCCGCCUGGAAGACCAGCCUGGUGGCGGUGGUGCUCGUGGGACUGGCCUUCGUCACGCUGGCCCUCGCCCUUGUGGGCCGCAAGGCCAUGGAGUCUUUCGACCGGCGCCACUACACGCGACUGGAACUCAACGAUCUGCACUACGAAGUGUGACUCCCUUCCCCCUCCGGAAUUGCUUUGCUAUUGGAUCUUGAGGAGUGUCACGCUGAACAGAUUCACAAAAAAAAAAAAAAAUAAAUGAAAUGUUUCAUAAAAAAAAAAAAAUCUAGGUACUCCAACUCCUGCAAGCCUAUUCGUUAUUCACACUGUUAUUUUAUUUUACACUUCUUGAUAAACUGGUACUGCUGUACUUUUUUUUAUGACACACUGUACAUCCUUCAACCCUUUAUGAAACAUCUAAUCACGUACUCUGAGGGAGAGUCAAAUACGAAGACUGUAAAAGGUAGUGUUGGAGAUGGAUAGCGACAAAUAAAAAGCAAUACCUCAAA